AUGUCUCAAAACAUGUUCAUUGUAAUCAGCACAGUUCUCAAUAACCUUAUUCAGUCUGUCAAGCUGUCAGCUGUUAAUCUCAUUCUCAGUUCUGUGUCUGCACCUGCAUCUGCCUCUGCUGCAUCUGUCAGUCCUAGAUUAUCAAGUCAACUGUUGACUCAUUUGACUGAAAGAAUGCCUGAGAAGCUGUUAAAGAAGCUACAGACUCUCAUUAAAUUACUCUAUACUCAUGAGCCAGUCUUGCAGAAAAGUCAUCAGAUCAAUACAAAAAUCAAUACAAAUUAUGAAGCUCUUCUUCUACAAUUCUGUGAUGCUGUUUUUACAGUUCUCUGCAGCCACUGUGUCAGAGAAGAAGGCUCUUUUACCAUCUGCAUCAGUGCUCUGAAUCAGUGUUAUGAAGCUUGUGCUAGUUGUCAUUACAAUAGCACUGAAAGUCACUGCUCUUAUCAUAGAAUCAAUGUCAGUAAGAAGAAUGAUAAAGUGAAAGAAAAGAAGCAGAAGAAUGAAAAGAGAAAGAAAGUCAAGAAGAAGAGUUUAUUCAAGAAGCAUUCUGCAGCUGAGAAUACAGAAGCUAGAGUCUUGAAAAAACAGAUGAUAAGUGUUAAGUCAGUUAAUAAUCAUGAUAUUGAGAUUUUAACUCUUUGUAUUGAAAAUGAGGCUCUGCACAAGAAGAAUGCAGCUCUGAAGAUCAAAUUCAGAACUAUUACAAGUCUUCUUCAGGCCACUCAAACUGUUCUUGAGAAUGACAUAUGA